AUGCAGUUUUUUGCAACUUGUAUUUGGUACAGGUGGCGUGAGUGUAAAUAUCAACAUUGCCAGUAUGAUGCAGAACGAGGUUUACGUGGAGCAUACGAAGCUGGUCCGUUGCUUGUUCCCUUGAAAGACGCACCCUAUCUUAGAAGCGAAGGAAGAAGUACGGUUAAGGUGUGUUGUCGCGAAGGUUUUUUUGCUAUGGUGGUUUUAUCAAUUGAAAGUACGAGUAGGCUAGUCAGGAGAUAUCAACGAGGACGAUGGAGGAUCAGCAGAAGUUUACAGAGGAAUCUUGGUGAACUUCAUAUUACUGAAGAAACUGUUAAUACCAGCCAUGUUCAGUUGCAUUAUCUCUCUUCAAAGUGUUUUCCACCUCACGAUAGUUUGUGUCCUAGCGCUAUUCACAGCCUUGCUUCUCGCUCGUUACAAGCUGCCGCUUACGUAAAUGUUUUGUUGUACGUGCGACGUGCCGUUUACUUCAGCCGAGACAGAAGUUUUCCGUCCGUUAAGCCUGCCUAG